AUGGGCACUUUUUUAAAAUUUACCGCUUGGAUUCAAAAAACCUUUGCUCUAUGGGUCGUGUUAUUUGCAGGCAUUGCGCUCCUGAGCCCUGAAACUUUUGUUUGGAUGAAAGCUUAUAUCACGUGGAUGUUGGGUCUGAUCAUGUUUGGUAUGGGCAUGACCAUGACAUUGGAUGAUUUUAAAGGGGUGAUGCAAAGCCCUAAAGCGGUUGCAAUUGGGGUAGCAGCUCAGUUUGUGGUGAUGCCAAGCGUGGCUUAUCUGUUGUGUUUAUUGUUUCGCUUGCCGACUGAAAUUGCGAUCGGGGUGAUUUUGGUGGGUUGCUGUCCGGGUGGCACUGCAUCCAAUGUGAUUACUUAUAUGGCGAAAGGCAAUACGGCUUUGUCUGUCGCAUGUACUACGGUAUCGACCUUAUUGGCACCUGUUCUGACUCCCGCGAUUUUCUAUCUGCUGGCCAGCCAAUGGAUUGAAAUUAAUGCAUGGUCGAUGCUGAGUUCAAUUUUACAGGUGGUUCUGUUCCCGAUUAUUUUAGGGCUGGUGAUACGCGCCGUGCUGAAACAGAAAGUCGAAAGUUAUAUUUCGGUGAUGCCCUUAAUUUCAGUGGUCGCAAUUGUGCUGAUUGUGGCAGCGAUUAUUGGCGGCUCAAAAGCACAAAUUUUAGAAUCAGGCUUAUUGAUUUUAGCUGUGGUGGCGUUACAUAACGCGAUUGGUUAUUUACUUGGCUUUGCAGCAGCACGAAUGUUUCACUUGCCACAUGCAGACUGUAAAGCGGUCUCGAUUGAGGUCGGUAUGCAAAACUCAGGACUAGGCGUGGCUUUGGCUGCUGUGCAUUUUGCCGCUUCGCCAAUUACGGCAGUACCCAGUGCAAUCUUUAAGGGUAUGGAUAAUUUUCAGCAUUCAUCGGCGACGUAUUUUAACCGAGAGCUAUCGUUAUUUGAGUUUCAUCAGCGGGUUUUAGCACAAGCAUUAGAUCCGAGUUUGCCAGUGCUGGAGCGUUUAACUUUUUUAAUUAUUUUUUCACAUGAGUUUUUUGAAAUUCGUAUUGCGGGCUUGAUGAAACAACGCGAUAUGAAUGUGAUAGCACGGACCCCUGAUGCUGUUCCCACUGAAGUGAUAUUAGAAGACCUGUCCCAAUCCAUUCAUCGUGCCGUCAAAAAACAGUUUGAAGUUUUAAAUCAUUCGAUUUUGCCUGAGUUACAAGCGCAGGGCAUUCAGUUCAUCCAGUUCCAAGAUAUUUUAGAAAAACAUAAAGCGUGGAUUGCAGAAUAUUUCGCCAAAGAAAUCCAACCCGUUUUGACCCCAAUCAGCUUAGAUCCGUCACACCCUUUUCCUCGCCUCGUGAAUAAAAGUCUGAAUUUCAUUGUGAGUUUACAAGGUAAAGAUGCUUUUGGACGAAGCAUUGAGAUGGCGAUUGUCCCAGCGCCGCGCUCAUUACCGCGUUUAAUUCAGAUGCCGAAAAACGUGGCAGGCAAUAUUGACACGCAGAUUUUUUUAACCGCAAUGAUUCAGCAGCACAUCAGCGAUCUGUUUCCGGGGAUGAAAGCCACGGGCUGUUAUGCUUUUCGUGUGACGCGUAAUGCCGAUCUGAUUUUGUCGGAAGAUGUUGAUGAUUUGGCGGUGGCACUGAAAGAUGAGUUGUCUUCACGCCGUUUUGGUCGCGCGGUGCGUUUAGAAAUCGAAGAUGAUUGCCCCGAAGCGGUGAUUGAUUAUUUGCUCAAGGAGUUUGAUUUAACUGAGCAGGAGCUUUAUCGCAUUGAUGGGCCGAUCAAUCUUUCACGUCUCAGUACCAGUUGUGACCGACCUGAAUUAAAGCAUCCAGUUUUUAUCCCAGUCAUUCCCAAAGUUUUGCGUAAACAAAAAAGUACCUUUGAUACCUUAAAAGCACAGGAUGUGUUAUUGCAUCAUCCUUUUGAUUCUUUUCAGCCUGUGAUUGGUUUAUUAAAAGAAGCAGCGAAAGACCCGAAUGUGCUGGCGAUUAAACAAACGCUCUACCGCAGUGGGCCCGACUCUGAAAUUGUACAGGUCUUGGCAGAAGCAGCACGAAAUGGUAAGGAAGUCACGGCAGUGAUUGAGUUACGGGCGCGUUUUGAUGAAGAGUCGAAUAUUACCGUGGCCAAUAUUUUGCAAGAAGCGGGCGCGGUGGUGGUGUAUGGCAUUGUCGGUUAUAAAACCCAUGCCAAAAUGAUUUUGAUCGUACGCCGUGAAAAUGCUCAGUUGAUCCGUUAUGCCCAUCUGGGCACAGGCAAUUAUCAUGCGGGCAAUGCCCGUAUGUAUACCGACUAUGGGUUGAUGACCACACAGCCUGAUAUUUGUGAAGAUGUACACCGUAUGUUCCAAGAACUGACGGGGAUGGGCAAAAUGGCCAAAUUGAAGGCGUUGUUACAUGCGCCUUUUACGUUACACAGUGAACUGUUAAAACUGAUUGAGCAAGAAAUUCAGUUUGCACAAGCCGGUCAAAAGGCACGUAUCAUCAUUAAAGUCAAUGCUUUAACGGAACCUCAGUUAAUUGCCGCACUGUAUCGUGCGUCACAAGCAGGGGUACAGGUCGAUCUGAUUAUCCGUUCGAUCUGUUGUUUGAUUCCACAGGUCCAAGGCAUGUCUGAGAAUAUUCGUGUGCGUUCGAUUGUGGGCCGUUUUCUGGAACAUACCCGCGUGUAUUGUUUUGAGCAUGGCGGUGAGAAAAAGCUAUACUGUGCCAGCGCAGACUGGAUGGGACGUAAUUUAUUUUCGCGUGUUGAAACCUGCUUUCCAAUAUUAGAUCGCGUUUUGAAAAAGCAGAUUUAUAAAGACGGAUUAAUCAGCUACUUAAAUGAUUGUUUGAAUGCUUGGGAGCUACAAGCCGAUGGGCAUUGGCUUAAAGUGGCCUGUACCGUUCCAGAGCAAAGGUAUAGUGCGCAGCAACAUUUAAUUGCGCAGAAGCAACUCAAAAUUUAA